CUACUGGUUAAAAUUAAAAUGCAGAUCUUUGUGAAAACUCUUACUGGAAAGACCAUCACCCUCGACGUUGAGCCAAGUGACAUCGUUGAGCUCGUCAAGGCCAAGAUCCAGGACAAAGAAGAGAUUCCUCCAGAAGAGCAGAGGCUACUCUUUGGUGGAAAACAGCUGGAGGAUGGUCGCACCCUGUCUGAAUACAACAUCCAGAAGGAGUCCACCCUCCACCUGGUGCUCCGCCUCAGAGGUGGCAUGCAGAUCUUUGUGAAGAUGCUGACUGGCAAGACCAUCACCUUCGAGAUUGAGUCAAAUGACACCAUUGAGAACAUCAAGGCCAAAAUCCAGGACAAAGAAGACAUCCUUCCAGUCCAGCAGAGGCUGAUAUUUGAUGGACAACAGCUGGAAGAUGGUCAUACCCUGUUGGACUACAAUAUCAAGAAGGAGUCCACCCUCUAUCUUGUCCAACGCCUCAGGGGUGGAUAG